AUGCUUCGCUCCCAGGUGCGGGUACUCCUGGUGGCUUUGUUCUCCUCUGUGCUGCUGGUGCAGGUCAGCGGUGCUCCACGCAGGAACAUGCUGACAGAAUCACUGAGAGCAGACCUCGCAAACGACAAGGAUCUCGCUCGCUUGCUCUUGCUGAAGUUUGUGUCUGAGCUGAUGGCAGUGAGAGUGGACCAGAUGCUGCCGGAGCUGGAGGAGGAAGAGGUGGGAGUCAGGGAGGAGGUGAUGCGGCGACACAUUCCCUUCUCUCAAAGAGAGCGCAAAGCAGGCUGCCGCAAUUUCUUCUGGAAGACGUUCACCUCCUGUUAA